AUGACCCAGGCGAUGGAGUUAUGGCAAACCUCCAUAAUUGGCUUCAGUAGUGGUGCAUGAUUCCACGUCACACGUGUCCCCUUUAGAUAUACAUAUGAUGCAAGCUUAGGUUAUAUAUAUAUAUAUAUAUAUCAAGCUUUAUUUGAUGCUUUUGUGGCCUAAACUAGCGAAGCAAAUUAAGAUGGCUAGUGAUACAAUGAAGGUUGAGAUUGUUUCAAGAGAAACAAUCAAACCAUCAUCCCCUACACCCUCCAACCUUAGAAAUUUUGAGUUUUCUCUUCUUGAUCAAUUCUACCCUUCAAUCUACAUCCAUUUGAUUCUCUUCUACCCUGCAAAAAGUGACACUGAUAAGGAUUUAGAUAUCAAGAAGAGAUGUGAUGUUCUGAAAACGUCUUUAUCCAAAACCCUAACGAUGUACUACCCUUUCGCCGGAAGAAUCAAAGACCAUAUCUCCAUUGAAUGUGAUGACGAGGGGGCUAUGUUUAUCGAGACACGAGUCAAUUGCCUUUUGUUCGAUGUUCUUCGAAACCCUAAUUUCGAUCAAUUUAAAAAAUUCCAACCUCUUGAAGUUGAACUACCGGCAGCAAUAGGAACAUGUACUUUACUUUUCAUUCAAGCUAACUUCUUUGAAUGUGGUGGCAUGGCAAUUGGAGUUCGUCUUUCGCACAAGAUCGCUGAUGCAACCACUUUCACCACAUUCAUGAAUGUGUGGGCUGCCAUGGCAUGUGAAGCCAAUGAGGUAGUUCAUCCAGAUCUAUUCACUGGAGCGGCUCUCUUUCCUCCUGUCGAUCGCAAGUUUCCUUCCAAUGAUAAUUUCCUUUUGUUCCAAGACGAGUCAUGCGUAUUGACAAGAUUGCUUUUCACUGCUUCAAAUAUUGAUGCCCUCAAGGCUAAAAUUGCUGGCACGGGCAUCCAACCAACGCGCGUAGAAGCUAUAACAGCGCUAAUUUGGAAGUGUGCAAUGACCGCAUCAAGAUCAAUCAAAGGGACGUGCUCGAGACCUUCUUUGUGUAUUCACGGGGUAAACUUGAGGAAGAGACUAUCGAUGCCCUUGUCAGAAUACUCGAUUGGGAAUAUUCUGUCAGGAAUCACAGUUGAAUUUUCAGAAACGAAAAUAGAAUUGCAAAGCUUGGUUGUCAAGCUAAGAAAAGAAAUGAAAGAGUUGAAAUUGAAUAGGGAAGAAAUAUCAGAACACAUGAACAAAAUGCUAGAAACAACAAGCUCAGAGAAAGAGAGUGGUGUUGUAGAUGCCUAUAAUUUCUCUAGUUGGUGUUGGAUGCCGGUGUACGAAGCCAAUUUCGGGUGGGGGAAGCCGACUUGGAUCUCUUUUUACAACUGGAAAGUCCCAAAUGUGGCUGUUUUUGUGGAUACAAGGGAGGGUGAUGGAAUUGAGGUUUGGGUAUCCUUGCGUGAAGAUGAGAUGGCCAUAUUUCAACAUAAUGACGAGUUGCUUUCCUUUGCUUCUAUGAACCCAAGUGUCAUUAAUUGAAAUGACAUGAACUUCUUUCUUCUUCUUCUUCUUCUUCUUCUUCUGCAUCUUGGAUCUUGAUUUUUCAAUAUGUAUUUCCAUAUUUUGUAAUUUUCUUCAAUGGGUCCAAUGGUAGUUUGUCUUUUAUCAUUGUUAUUUGGCAAUCUACAUCACUAAUGUGUAAAUUUGUUACUUAUCUGCA